CCGUGCGGGGCGGGGCGGGGCGGGGCGGGGGCAGGGGACCCCUGCGGGCGGGGAUUGCAGGCUGCUAGCUCUGAGCUGGGCCGGCCGGCGGAAUCGAGCGGGGCGCCCCAGGGGGCGGGCGCAGGUGGUGGGGCGCCCCGUGCACCCCGGGGCCGGGAGCCGCUGGCUGGGCGGGUCGAUCGGGAUCGAUAGCGGCGCCGGCAGCACCAUGUCGCGGGCGGCCGAGGCCUUGCCAGCUAGGCGACCCGCGGAGCGCGGAGGGGGGCGCAGAGGCUGGUAGGCGAGCGCACCGCGCCCCCUCCUACCCCAGAGCCCCAACUCCAGCCCGGCUGCCCCAAGCAAGUUGCGCGGGAACGCGGGGACGCCCGCCAUGCCCGACGUGAAGAAAGAGCUCCCGGGCCGCGGGGACCUGGCGCUGGCGCUCGCCGCCUUCCGCCCCGCGCUCGCCGCGCUGCCCCUGCCGCCACUGCCCGGGUACCUGGCGCCGCUGCCCGCCGCCGCCGCGCUGCCCCCCGCCGCCGCGCUGCCCGCUGCCGCCGCCGGCUACGAGGCGCUGCUGGCCCCGCGCGCCUUCCCGCCCCCGCACCUGACCCGCGCGCCGCGGGUCCUCGAGCGCCUCUCGGCCGCGGCGCCCCCCGACUUCCAGCCGCUGCUGGACAACGGCGAGCCGUGCAUCGAGGUGGAGUGUGGCGCCAACCGCGCGUUGCUCUACGUGCGCAAGCUGUGCCAGGGCAGCAAGGGCCCGUCCAUCCGCCACCGCGGCGAGUGGCUCACUCCCAACGAGUUCCAGUUCGUCAGCGGCCGCGAGACGGCCAAGGACUGGAAGCGCAGCAUCCGCCACAAAGGGAAAAGUCUGAAGACGCUUAUGUCCAAGGGGAUUCUGCAGGUGCACCCCCCAAUCUGCGACUGCCCGGGCUGUCGGAUCUCCUCCCCUGUGAACCGGGGACGGCUGGCAGACAAGAGGACAGUUGCCCUUCCUCCUUCCCGGGCCCUGAAGAAGGAGCUGGCCCCUAAUUUCUCCACCAGUGAUGGCGACAGUGAUGGUGGUGGCCCAGCCUGUGGGCGGUGGCUGGGCCUGAAACAGGAAGACCCUCGAGUCCGGAUCAUGAAGAGAAGAGUCCACACCCACUGGGACGUGAACAUCUCCUUCCGAGAGACCUCAUGCAGCCAGGACAGUGAGCUGCCUACCCUCAUAUCCAGUGUACACCGAAGUCGCCACCUCGUUAUGCCCGAGCAUCAGAGCCGCUGUGACUUCCAGAGAGGUGGUGUGGAGAUUGGUCUGGGAGCCUCAGGUGACCUGCUGGGCAAAAGGUUGGGCCGCUCCCCUCUGCGCAGCGACUGUCCUCUGGAGAAGAAGGCACGGAGCGAGUCCCCCCAAGGUGGGAGCCUGAGUCAGAAUGGCUGCGCCUGCCUGGGUGGCAUCCGGAGCUCCUUCACCAUGUCCAUCUGUCCCUUCCUAGAAUUGCUGCUGCCUGAGUUGGCACCAGACAUGGCCCCUGAGGACCAUUACCGCAGGCUGGUGUCUGCCCUCAGUGAUGCUAGCACCUUCGAGGACCCACAGCGCCUCUACCAUCUAGGGCUCCCGACGCACGACCUCCUGAGGGUUCGGCAGGAGGUGGCGGCAGCAGCAGCCGUGAGGAGCCCGGGCGGUCUGGAAGCACAGCUGCCCUCGUCCGUGACCCGCCGCAAGCAGGGCCUGGCCCAGCCCCGCGAGAGCUGUGCCCCGGCCUUCGCAGAAAGGGAACUGUCGCAGCCGCCUUCUCUGCUGUCGCCCCAGAAUGCCCCUCACAUCGCCCUGGGCCCUCAGCUCAGGCCCCCCUUCCUGGGGGUGCCGUCGUCCCUGUGUCAGGCUCCAGGUUAUGGCUUUUUGCCUCCAGCCCAGGCGGAGAUGCUUGCCCGGCAGCAGGAGCUCCUGCGGAAGCAGAGCUUGGCACGACUGGAGAUGUCUGCUGAGCUGCUGCGGCAGAAGGAGCUGGAGGGCGCCGCCAGGACCCCCCUGCUGCCAGAAGCCGCCCUGCGACCUCUGGACAGUGCUGAAGAGCUGCAGCAACGCGGGGCAAUGCUGGUGCUGAGGCACAGCACAGCCCCACUGCUGGCCCAGCCGCCCCAGGGCGCCCCUGGGCCCCCUACUCCGCCCCGAGAGCCCACCCGCAGGGCCCUGCGGAAGGGUGCCACCAGUCCUGCGUCCACCCGCCCUGUUGAGCACAAGGAAAAACCAGACAUCAGGUUUUGGGCACAGGAUGGCUCUGAGGACGAGCCCCCCAAAGACUCAGAUGGAGAGGACCCUGAGAUGGCGGUUGCUGGGGGCCAGGGCCAGACGCCUGGCCAAGCCCCAAGUGAAGGCUGCGAGGGGAAGGGGCUGCUCUCCGGGUCCGUAUUGCCCCCACCGCUGCCUCUGGGCUUACCCUAUACUGUCAGCCCCUACUUCCACACAGGUGCCAUGGGGGGCCUUUUCAUGGAGAGGGAGGAGGCCUCAGCCCCGGAGGAUGUCAGCAAAUGGACCGUGGAGGAUGUGUGCAGCUUUGUGGGGGGUCUGGCUGGCUGUGGAGAAUAUGCACCGGUCUUCAGAGAACAAGGCAUUGACGGGGAAGCCCUGCCACUUUUGACAGAGGAGCAUCUCCUGACUACCAUGGGGCUGAAGCUGGGGCCUGCCCUCAAGAUCCGGGCACAGGUGGCCAAGCGCCUGGGCCGCAUCUUCUACAUGACCAGCCUUCCAGUGGCCCUGCCCCUGCAGCCCCCAGCCCUGCGGGGACCCGAUCGGGAACUCACAUCAGGCGAGCAGCCUCUAUCCCCUGCUCCCUCACCCUUCAGCGGGGGGCACCCAUCCACAGGCCGAGCCUCACCCAAGCAUGAGAAUGGGGCCUUGGCCCUGCUCCCAUGCCCUGCGGACCCCUCCCAGCCUCUGUGCUAAAGGGAGGAGGGGGCUGUUAGGACCCCCAGCCUUCCAGUUUAGUGUCUUCUCAGUUUUGGGUACAAAAGAAAAAAAAAGGAAGCCAUCAUUCAAAAGGAAAGACUUUCUGUGAGUGACUAGCAGCACCUGGUGCAGAUGGCCUGGGGAGUGGGGCUGACCCCACAGACAAACCAAAGACAGGAAGGGGACAGCUAGUCUUGCACCCUCCUGGAGUGGUCCCAGCACCCUGACCUCAGGCAGGGUCACAGCAGAGCCCUUAGGGGACCUCACUCACCACCCCAGGCCAUGGUUCCAGAUAAUGGCAUGACCCUUGGUACUCUCUAGUAUCAUGUAAAAAUAAAAGCCUGUCCUCUGGC